AUAAAAGUUGAGGGCAUUUUCGACAUUCUCUUGUAUUCGUUGCCUUUGCCCUCUUUCCUGUCUCUCUCUCUCUGGUUCUGUAGCGAAGGCGAAAUCGAAGUUUCGGAAAUGGCGUCUUCGUUGCAGAGCUCAGGAAUGUUGUCUAAGGACCAGCUGGUUCAUCUCUUCGAUCGGUUUGAUUUUUUGACAUCGCAACCUGAUGUGAAGAAAAGAAUCGCCGAUGCCGUAGAGGAUAAACAGGAAGCUGUUGGGAUUACAACCACCAUUCAGGAAGAAAUAUUCUUGGAGAUGGGGGUCGAUCCAGGGUUUGGCAUUGCGUGCUUGGGAAAGCUGAACACUGCGUAUGAAAAUGAUAAAGAUUUGAUGGUUGGUUUCUACAAGUUCCUCGCAAAGGAGGAGAUGGCAUGUGAUGAAGCUGAGCUUGGACCAGAUGGGUUUGAGAAGAAAAUGAAAAUGCAGCAUGAAUUGCACGAUCAGCAACUGGAGAUGCUGAAACAUAUGCGCAAAUUUCCUCUAGACGAUCAAUCUGUUAUCCUUCAAAAGCUACGGCAGCAACUGGAAAAUGCAGAUUUCGACGGGUCGGCGUCAGUGUUGUCAAGAGAGCAGAUGGAAGCUGCUGGACGAAGAAGAGUCUCACCUGUUUUUAGGACCCCGUAGUGUCUUCAUAAACCCAUUCUGAUGUUCACCACUGGAACAAAACAGAGUUGAUCUUCAAUGAUUUUGUCUUAUUAUUCUUACUACAAUUAAAAAUUCGAUUUUUCUUC